UCAUUCAGAAUAUAAGAGAGAACAAGAGAAAGAGAGAGAGAUCCAUUCACACACGCCGGGAAAAAAAGUGCAAACCCAGAGCAGUGGAGGUGAGCUUGAUAAGAACUGGAGACCCAAAGAAGAGUCAGAAGAGAAGAUUCAGAACCAUAGAACUCAUCUAUAAAUUCAGAAAGAUGCUCUGUCCUUCCUGGAUUUUGGCUGCAGCAGUCUUGUGUUUUCACAGUCCACAUGUAGAGGGCCGCUGCUUGGAUUUGAUAGACUGCAUGGGCCUUAAAACUAAUGAACAAAAACUGCAGUGUUUCAGGCAGUGCAGAUCAGCGCAAGAAUCCUCCAAUUACGGGAGAGUUUCUGCAUCUGAACAGCAGAACAGUGAAGAAGAGGUUGAGGAAGAGAGCCUGAGUUUGGGAUUGCUCUUAUCGGCUCUGUCUCCUGAUUCAACCGAGCUCAGAGACGCUACUGGAGAAGGCCCUCACAAUGACGAGAGGAGGUCUUACUCCAUGCAGCACUUCCGCUGGGGCAAACCCAUGGGCCGCAAACGCCGACCCAUCAAAGUCAUCACCAGCAGUGCCCUGGAGGAGGAGCCUGAGGAGUCAGCGGAAAGCGUCCGCAUGGAGCGAGGGCAGAAUGGCAUGCUGGACGUCCAGCAGAGGAAAAAUGCAAAGAGCAAUGGGAAGUAUCGCAUGACCCAUUUCCGCUGGAACACCCCACCAACGCGCGACGGAGACUUCAUGAGGCCGUAUUCGGAUCAAUCCCAUAAGUCCCUGCUCACGCUCAUACGAAACAUCAUUGUUAAAGACGCACAGCAGUUCAGAGAUUAAGAGAGGACAGAAUGGACAGCAUUUUUGGUGUCAAAACAUUUAAAUGUGUAACAUGCAACCUUAAUUAAAAAAUAAAAAAAUAAAAUAAAUACCUCGCUGAAUCAAAAAGACAGGGCAUGAAACACUGUCCAAUGUAGAAAAAAAUAAAUAAAUAAAUGAAGAGAAACAAACUAGCCAAAUCACUUAUAUAUUAAAUUCUGGAUAUAUCACUUGACUAUGAAAGGCCCAUUACUUGACAUUUACAAUUCAUUUAUAUACUCGACACAAUAACUAUCACCUCUGGGAUUUAAAAAGUAAGCAUUUUCAGAAAUGCCAGGUAUUUGUCUACCUGAGACAGUUUCACUGUAAUAUACUGUACAUGAAAUACAUUAAAAUGAAUUUGCAAUGUU